GCGGCUGUGGCGAGCGAGGGGUGGCCGGGAAGGAUGUUCUCAUCGGUGAAGCCAUAUGAAAAUCAGCGGUACUCUGCUUUGAAGAAGGUCUGUCAGAGGAGGAAAGUCUUGUUUGAAGAUCCGCUGUUUCCAGCCAAUGAUGAUUCGCUUUUCUACAAGUCCCGGAUUCAGGGGAUCCAGUGGAAGCGACCCAAAGACAUCUGUGAGGACCCCCACCUCUUUGUGGAUGGAAUCAGCUGCCACGACUUACACCAGGGGCAGGUGGGGAACUGCUGGUUCGUGGCUGCGUGCUCCGCGUUGGCAUCCAGAGAAGCCUUGUGGCAAAAGGUUAUUCCAGAUUGGAAAGAGCAGGAAUGGUCCGCUGAAAAACCACAAAACUACGCUGGGAUUUUCCAUUUUCAGUUCUGGCGUUUUGGCGAGUGGAUCGAUGUGGUGAUUGAUGACCGGCUACCGACCCUUCACAACCAACUCAUCUACUGCCACUCCAACUCCAAGAACGAAUUGUGGUGCGCCUUGGUGGAAAAAGCUUAUGCUAAACUCUCAGGGUGCUACGAAGCCUUAGAUGGAGGCAACACGGGCGACGCCUUGGUGGAUUUCACUGGCGGUGUCUCGGAACCCAUUGACCUGGUGGAAGGGGGCUACGUGAAUGACGAGGCCAAACAAAACCUCCUUUUUGAGAGGGUGUUGAAGGUGCAUAACCGAGGAGGUCUCAUCAGCUGCUCCAUCAAAGCCAUUUCAGCUGCCGAUAUGGAAGCCCGCCUGGACUGUGGCCUGGUCAAAGGCCACGCCUACGCAGUCACCGAUGUGAGGAAAGUCCGCCUCGGCCACGGCUUGCUGGCCUUCUUCAAGUCCGAAAAGCUGGACAUGAUCCGGUUGAGGAAUCCUUGGGGGGAGCGAGAGUGGAACGGACCAUGGAGUGACACCUCCGAGGAAUGGCAGAAAGUCAGCAGCAGUGAAAGAGAGAGACUAGGGAUGACUGUGGAGGAUGAUGGGGAAUUUUGGAUGGCCUUUGAUGACUUCUGUAGACACUUCACCGACAUCAUCAAAUGCCGCCUAAUCAACACUUCCUACCUGAGCAUCCAUAAGACAUGGGAAGAAGCAGUCUUGCGGGGGGCCUGGACGCGGCAUGAAGACCCCUUGAAGAACCGCUCUGGAGGCUGCGUCAACAACCGGGAUACUUUCCUGCAGAACCCCCAGUAUGUUUUUGAUGUGAAGAAAGGAGAGGACGAAGUGCUGGUCUGCAUCCAGCAGAAGCCCAAACGGACCAGCCAGAAGGAGGGGAAAGGGGAAAACCUCGCUAUCGGAUUUGACAUCUACAAGGUGGAACUCAACCGGAUCUACCGCAUGCAUACCUUGCAGACCAAAGUAGCCAGCUCCAUCUACAUCAAUUCUCGUAGCAUCUUCCUGAGGACAGACCUGAAAGAAGGUCGCUAUGUCAUCAUACCGACCACUUUUGAGGCUGGCCACGUGGCCGAAUUCCUGCUCAGGCAGUUCACAGACUUGCCUUCUGACUGCCAAGAACUGACCCUGGAUGAGCCCCCUCACACCUGCUGGAGUGGAAUGUGUGGCUAUCCCCAAUUGGUGUCCCAAGUCCAUGUCAUCUCAGCUGCUGGGCUGAAGAACCAGGGCUCUCAAGAAGGAGUGGAUCCCUAUGUGAUCGUAAAGUGUGAAGGAGAGAAAAUCCGAUCACCGGUCCUGAAGAACACUCUGGCGCCAGAAUUUGACGUGAAAGGAAUUUUCUACCGCAAGAAGCCUGGGCAGCCAGUCAUAAUUCAGAUCUGGAACCAUAACCUCAUCACAGAUGAGUUCCUGGGCCAGGCGUCCUUGGUUGGGGACCCCAGCGAGCUUCAUCCAUUGCACAUUCUCCAUCUCCAAGACAAAGGAAACAAACGGGCCAUGGAACUGCCCGGGGUUCUUAAGGUGCAGCUGUUGAGUAGCAACGUUCUAACUGGCAUCUAAGAGACCCUUCUCUGCUCUGUACCAUCUUCCAUUAUGCAUCUCUGUAUGUGUCUGUGUGUGCCUGCCAAUGUGUACAUGCUGUGCAUGCCUUCACUUUUGAAAUGGGACCAGCCCUCCUAAGUUCAGCCUGGGUUGUUUUUAAAAUUUUGACACAACGGUGCCUUUUCCAAGAAGCAAAAAUGUGGUGGUUUUGGUUUCCUUCUGUUUUUUGAAAUGAGACUGCAACAUAAUCGGUAGCCAGAGUCCGAUGGCCAGAGAAACUCCCAAGCCAAUCAGUCCGGUUCCUUCCGGGCAAAUGCCACGAGUCUGUAUGUUUACACAGAGACACAUCUCUCAUCUGCGCACACACGUGACUGGGCUGUGACUUGUUCCCCAGACCAGGCAGACACAUCGUCAUGUUCACCAAAGGGUACAUUUUUAACUGAUGAGUCGCUGGUGCUGUUGACAGCUUUGGGGACAGGAUGGGAAAUGGAAGAUGGACUCUCUCCUGUGACAGAAAUAGCUGAAGGAUUAUAGCUGUGUUGCAGUUUUGUGCCUCUACAGAAUUGCAUAAUAUCUAAAGUUAGGCGUGGAAAUCCCUACAGCUUGCCUUGCAUUCCAUUAACCUUUCCAAUCCCUAAUUGUGGGGGGGGGGAAUCAAUUCCGCCUUUGCCCCUUUGAUUUCAACAGGAUUGCAACAGGAAUUGAUUCAAUAGGAAUUUGAUUUCCAGCAGAAUUGCUUCCAUGCUUCCUAUCUUCCUGGGCUUUUAAAAGAAACUUUAAAAAAUAAACAAUGAAGCUGAGUGUCUCAGGAGCUGAAUCUCAUGCCCAGUACCCUGUAGAAUUAUGAUUCAUCCAUAAGCGGUGGAUCUCUUCAACUUGCCAUAAGACUUUGGAACACAGCAGGGAAAAAUAUAUUUGUAAUAAGGACCAUUUUUUCCAGAUCAGAGGUCUUCCCCAAAAAAGCAGUGGUUACUGUUAAGUUCUCACCCCCAUGUCUAUGUCUCCGGUUGCACAAUAGAAAAGUCAAACAAUUUGACUUUUUGCAAUAUUUUUUAAGGGUAUUUUCCAUAUAACCUUCCAGGUGCCACAGAACAUUUUUGAGUUGUUGAAGUGCCAUAGGCUUCCCUGUUUUUACUAUUCCCUGUAGAAGUUUUCCAUAUAAAAUACAGGUAGUCCUUACUUAACAACCAUUCG